CGUCGUCACAUGCGAGUUUACACAGUGCAUUUACGCUGAGCUUAAAUUAUUUGUGAUUUACGGAGUGUUUUUUUGUGUUAUUUCUGUUCUGUUGGAUAGAAAUGGAGUUGGAGAUAGUGGAGCUCGAAAUUCUAUUUUCUGAGCAUUUUGGCAGAACACCAUUAUGUACGCCUGCACAGUCUCAAGAACUGUCAUCCGAUGACGACAAUGACCAGGUAGACAGUGCAUGUAGCGCCGUCAUGGAAAACCGCAUUGCGUCCUUCGUUUCUGGGCAGCCUGCGGAAUCAAGCAGUGACUCCACUGACGAUGAUGGAAGUGAUGACGGUGAUGCGUUUUCACAGGAUGAUAGCAUUCGACGUUUCCACGAAUCUGGCUGUGGGUGUGCUAAGAAAUGCCACGAUAAAUUUGAUGCCUCCCAAAUCAGAACGCACAUCCUUGAUACGCGCGAAAUGACGAGGGAAGAAAAGGAAAUGUAUAUUAAGGCUGUUUGUCCGAAGGUCCCACAAAUGACUCUACAAAGCGUGGGAAAAAGAGAAUGCAAAUUCGUGGCAAAUACACAUUCCGCGGUCAGGAAAUAUGUGCAUACACGUUCAGAUUGUUAUUUGACACAAGACGCUGUGCAUUAAAAUCAAUAAGGCAGUCAUUGAACAAGACCGGUCCGGCCCCACGCCGGCAUGGAAAUACAGGAAGGAAACCAAAACAUGCUCUGGUCUUCACAGAUGUCGAGCGUGUGGUUCAAUUCAUCUGCAACUAUGCGGAAGAAUUCGGAAUUCCCCAACCUGCAGCUCCGCGUGGGAGAGACGAUACGGCAUCGAUAUACCUACACAGCGGUACAACGAAAAUGAACAUUCAUAAACUGUACAAAGAAAGCUGUCAAGAGGCUGGCGUGCGUUUCGUCGAGAAAAGCUCCUUUCAGUCAAUAUGGAGUGCCUGCAUCCCACAUAUAAAGGUUGCAUCCCCUAGAGACGAUGUGUGCGCCACCUGUGAGAAGCUGCGAAAAAAAUUAUGGAUUCGGUAUCGGAAGAGGACAAACUAGCUUCCACUGAAGAAAUGCGUAGUCAUAUUGUUUUGGCACAAAAAGAAAGAGAUCUUUACAACAGUCUCAUUAAAAAGGCAAAAGAAACGUCUCAUCUAUGUCCAGCUGAACGAUCAAACCACUUCAUAUUUGAUUUCGCGCAAAGUGUAGGCAUACCGCACCAUGCACGACAGAUGGGGCCAUUAUAUUUCGCAUUCUGAAGAAAAGUCCACAUUUUUGGAAUGAGAAUUGAUGGACAAUCACGUCAAUUGAAUUUUCUCAUCGACGAAAAUGAGAGCAUCGGUGCAGAUGGAGCUAAUGCACAGGGACCAAAUGUCAUCUGGAUGAUAGACUACGUGCUCAACACCCAUGGAUGCGAAGAUCUCUCGUGCACAAUACACGCCGAUAAUUGUCCGGGUCAAAACAAAAAUCAGUUUGUGAUUGGGUACUGCGCAUGGCGAGUCCUGACACGGCGCCACACUUCAAUCGAAUAUAUGAUGCAGGUUCCGGGUCAUUCACGGUGUUUGGUGGAUAGUGGGUUCGCCCAUAUUAAAAAGCUGUACAGACGCUCGGACUGUGACACCAUUCAGCAGCUAAAGGAUAUUGUCAACAAGUCGUCUACUGCAAAUGAGGCUGUCCGAUAUCCGACCUGGCGCUGGCGUGACUGGAAGACUUUUUUGUCUACAUCUUUUAAAGCAAUACCCGGGAUAAGAAAGUACCAGUACUUCAGGUUCGACUCAUCGAGGCCCGGCACGGUUUUCGCGAAGAAAGCAACGGACCUACCAGAGGAAGAGUUCUUCAUCAUGAAACACAGGGAACUCCCAUCAGCAGAACCAUGCUUAAUUAAACCGGCAGGGCUAUCAGAGAAUCGCGUGAAAUAUCUUUACAGAACUGUCCGACCAUUUGUGCGACCAUGUUAUCAGGACAUUACCGUCUUCACACAACUAAGCACAAAACACAACACGUUUUGCAUUGGGCAAGGCUUGCGAUCAGUUUAUUGACAACAUACAUCCACGAAUAUUACAUAUUCGUAUCAUAUAGCAAUCAAGUACAAUCGUAGUACAACCAUGACAGGACAAUUUUCGAUCUAUAAAUUAUAUAACAAAUUAUAACUAUAAUGUGUAUACAUCACUUUUAGUAUUGUGUCCUUAAUUGGUGUUUUCAAGGCCAGGGUAAAAACCAGAGAUAAAAAUUCAUCAGAAGCCCAAUGUAAAAUAACUCCGGAAAACUGUACCUGAAAACAACCAAUAUUAACAUGUAACUAAACAUUAUGUAACACAAACAUUACAUGUCAUUUGAGCCAAUUUACUACUAAUGCGGUUCGAAUUUAAAAAAAGUAAAAGUUUACUGAUCGAAGUCUAGCGUAGAACUGACCAAACAACACCCCGUGCAAAUUCCCGCCUGUGUCCAUCUGAGUGACCAUCACUCACGUGACAACCACACGCAUGAACGAACCGCACAUAUACCUGUUUUGUGCGGUGCGUUAUGUUUAGACAUACGUUCUGUGCUACACUCCGUAACGCACAGAACUGAAAAGUCUUCACACAACUAAGCACAAAACACAACGCGUUUUGCAUUGGGCAAGGCUUGCGGUAGAACAAAAACAAAGGUUAGUAAGGUUUUAAAUUCGAACCGCAAAUCAAUUAUAAUUUCAAUUGUCUAGUGAUAAUAAGCUUUUUGUCUAGAGAAUCAUCGACCAUGUCGCUUCAAACAUCUCUAAAACACGCCCUCGGCGUUAGCUAGUCUAAAUAAUUACAUAUAUAUAACCAAUAACUGGUUUGAACAAAAAUCAUUUGAUUCAUCUGACCAAUUUGCUAAUUACAUAUUUGUUAAUAAAACGCCAUAUGGGAA